AUGGCUGAGAGCUCUAAUUGCACUGUUUAUGUUGGAAAUUUACAUGAGAGAGUAAGCGAUCGUGUAUUAUAUGAUAUUUUAGUUCAAGCAGGGCGCAUUGUUGACUUAUACAUUCCUCGUGAUAAGGAAAAUGAUAAGCCUAAAGGUUUUGCCUUCGCUAAAUAUGAGACGGAGCAGAUUGCAAAUUAUGCUGUGAAACUCUUUUCUGGUUCAGUCACACUUUACAGUAAAACAUUAAAAUUUGCUAUUUCUGGGCAAAACAAGCCCUCUAAUAGCUCGCCAAUGGCAACACCAAGGCCUCGUCCUGUAGCUUAUAAUCAGAAGGAAAUUUCACCAAAAUAUAUGAGAUUGUCAACUUUUUGCAGUGAAAAUGAGCAACUUGAUGGCCCUAUCCUCACUCAGUUGCCUGUAGACGACGUAUUUACUCGGGAUUUGCCAAGAGAUGUGGAUGCUAUUUUUGAACCAUUUGAAGGAGCACGUUAUCAAACAACGUUCAGGAGUGCAAAUUCAGGAGGCGCAUGGAAUCGGUCCAGCAGGAAGACGAAAGAGCCGAUCAUUGGUUGA